GUGGAGAUACGGAAGGAUAAGGAAAUGGAACAAAAGGCAGAGGGCAGAUGAAGUUUCUAAGGGGGAGUGGUCGGUGGAAAGAUAUAAUCAGUUGACUGCGUGUACAGAUGAUGCGAUAAUAUAUAAUGUUGAAAGGCUAAUGAAUAAGGUAGACUUUGAGGCUUAUUAGAAAGCAGCACAUGCCACAGAUGAGUAAGGGUAAAAAUAGCAAAGACUUGUGGAACCUUAAAAGCCCACAAAUUUAUUGUGGAAUAAGUUUGCAUGGACCUGAGUCCAUUUUAUCAGACGUUCUGUAACAGCUUGUGUUCUCCUGGAACUUCUUAUCUGCAAGCUCUGCAUAUGCUCUGAAACCCAAGGCUCUACUCAUAGGAACUUCUGCAACUGUGCAAGUCCUGAUUCGUACAGCAGCUGUCCAAAGCUCUCAAGCAUGAUGGCACUUUCCUGGGUCACAGUCAUUUCCAUAUUUGCGCUUUCCUCCAUUUACUGCAUAGUUUCUCACCCCAACUCGGAGUUGUGGUUUCAAGACCUCUUCCCCUCUAAAGUGUGCCCUGCGAAUGCCAGCAUGGACACUUUUUAUGGCAUCAUGUUUGAUGCAGGAAGCACAGGGACACGAAUUCACAUUUACACCUUUGUACAGAGAAGCCCAGAAAAGCCUACAGAAUUGGAAGGGGAAAUCUUUGAAUCAGUCAAGCCAGGUCUCUCUGCUUACGCUGAUCAACCUGAGAAGGGAGCAGAAACGGUCAGACAAUUGUUAGACAUGGCCAAAGAAGCUGUGCCACCCAGCCACUGGAAUAAAACCCCGGUAAUACUGAAAGCCACAGCUGGUCUGAGGUUGUUAGCAGAGCACAAAGCCCAGGCUUUACUUUCUGAGGUCAGGGUUGUCUUUGAGAAGUCACCAUUUCUAGUGCCUAAUAAUAGUGUUAGCAUCAUGGAUGGAUCUUAUGAAGGUAUUCUAGCCUGGAUCACUGUGAACUUUUUGACAGGGCAGCUGUAUGGCCGGAACCAGCAGACAGUGGGGACCCUGGAUUUGGGAGGAGCCUCAACCCAGAUUACAUUCCUGCCACAGCUGGAGGAAACCCUAGAACAAACUCCAAUAGAUUUCCUUACCUCAUUUGACAUGUUCAACAGCACAUAUAAGCUCUACACACACAGCUAUUUGGGCUUUGGUCUGAAAGCUGCACGGCUAGCAACAUUGGGAGCCCUGGAAAUGGAAGCGGAUAGGCAGACAUUCCGAAGUUCUUGUUUGCCAAAACAGCUGGAAGCAGAAUGGCACUUUGGGGGAGUGAAAUACCAGUAUGGUGGCAACAAAGAAGGAGAAACGGGAUUUGAGCCUUGCUAUUCUGAAGUGUUGAAGGUUGUACAAGGAAAACUGCAUCAACCAGAUGAGAUUCAGAGCAGCUCCUUCUAUGCCUUUUCCUAUUAUUAUGAUCGGGCUGUAGACACUGACUUGAUAGAUUAUGAAAAAGGCGGAGUUCUAGAAGUGAGAGAUUUUAAAAGAAAAGCCCAAGAAGUGUGCAAUAAUCUAGAAAGCUACAGCUCCGCCAGCCCUUUUCUGUGUAUGGAUCUCAGUUACAUUACAGCUUUAUUAAAAGAAGGCUUUGGAUUUGGAGACAGCACAAUUUUACAGCUGGCAAAGAAGGUGAACAACAUAGAGACAAGCUGGGCUCUGGGUGCUACCUUUCAUCUUCUGCAAUCCCUAGGACUCUCCCAUUGAGAAAGCAUCACCUAUAGGACAUUUCCUUUUCUUGAAACAAGGAAAGGCAGUUCUGAUGAGCUUGUACCAAACAGACCAAAGCAGAGGAAUUGGUUGCCUUUAAGACUGGGCAGUUCCAACCUAUAAUAAGAUGGAUCCUUCUAGCGUAAUAACAAGUGCUCCAUUAUACAGUUGCUUAACUGAUGCCAAAGGGCCCGAGUUCUAUAUUAAUAGCUUUGGGAGUGAUCUUAUGCAGGGAGAUCAAGCACAUCUUUGGCCAAGGCAGUUGGUACCAAUCCAUCCCAAUACUAGUUUUGUUCCAUACCUUUUUGCGGGCCAUCUUGUGCAUGACACUUUAGAAGAUUCCUAUCUAAAACAGAAGCUUAAUGUAAUUGUUUUUAAACAAAGCUGGAGUGUGCUAUUUACCAACCCUUCAACUGUUUGAGACUUACGUAAUUAAACUUUUAGGAUUAGCUGAUUCAUGAACAUCAAGAAGGAUGCUCCCACUGAUUGUGGCAGGAGUGACUUGUCAACCCUCCACCCCGAUUAACCAGCUGGCCAAAAGAAUCAACAGAGAGAAGACUUUAGGAACACCCUGAGGACUUGUCUCCACAUCUCAAAAGCUAGGAGAGCAAAGCAUUUUCUGGUUACUUUAGAAGGCCAAGAAGAGUGCUGAGGACAAACUGCCACAAAUAAUUUGAUCCUCAGUCCAGUCUUGCAGAAAUUUUUUAAUGCAAGACAACCAGCUGUCUUAUUCCAGUUGAAAAUGAAGGCUUCUUACUAGUGUCUACUAUUAUGACUCCUAAAUGUUUUUACUUGCUUAGAAAAUGGUACCGUAACCUGGACUCCAGCAUGGGACUACUUUAUUUCUUUUGGUACCAUGUGUUUUGAUUGAUGAGUAACUUUUGCUGCUAAUUACAACACCAUUUCUUAUAGUUGGUCAGAACUGAACACCAGUGGAGUUUGUCUGGGUAAGGAGUACAAGACUGACAUUUAAGUUUCUUCCUCUUACGAUCUCAGUGGUGGUAUGGAAUUUUAUCUUGCUUCUACAAGUGCCCAUACCUUUCCUAGUGCAAUGAGAUUAUUCACAAGUAUCAUCACCUGCAGAGUGGCCUUGUUGAAAAGGAUAUUUGUAAUUGGCAGAGGAAGUAUAAAGCAAAUAUUUAACUGAGUACUAAAUUAAGUACUAAAUUUUUAAAUAUUCAGAAGUGAAGGCAGAUUAGGUGUUUACAGAAUCUUAAGUAGACUUCAUGCUGGCACGGUAGGUUUAAAGGACAUUUUGGUUUAGCUGAAAUCUUAAAUAAAAUUAAGCUAAACUGUUAAACAGACUGAGUCCCUCUUAAAAAAAUAUCCACACAUGUAGCACUGCAAGUGUAAGUUGGGUACUGAUAAGCCUUAGAAUUUUCAGAUACAUUCACACUUUGUUCUGAAAGUAGUUAAUUGUCAGAGGAUAACAUAAAUAGCCUUGCUUAUUCGCUGGGUUCAUGUUACUUGGUGCUGUAAAUGAAUACUUUAUAGCCCAGCUGUUUGGCACAUGAAUAAGACAGGGCUCUUUGAAUGUCUAUUUUAGUAAUUAAAACAAAUAUUUUUAACAGAA